GGUCAUGGCACCCGUGAUCGAGAACCUGACGGAGGACGUCCAGCAGGCGCAGUCGGAGGGCCACCAGCCCCGCCGCGCCUCAAUGGGCAGCACGACGAGUUCGCUGGCGAGCGCCGUGAGCUCCGUCGCCUCGCUGACCACCGGGUGGCGGCGCCGGGUGCAGUCAGUGCGGCUCUCCUGGCAGCGCUUCAGCUUCUUCGGCGUCAACAGCAACGACGACACUCCGCGCGUGUGGGGCAGCCGCGUGAGGUCGUCUACCAGGCGCACCAGCGACGACUCGUCGGCGGACGGCAGCAGCCUGAGGCCGGCGAGGAGGAGGCGGUCCAACGAGUUGUUGCGGGUCGUCAGGGAGCACACGUACCACGAGGAGAUGCGGCUGCAGCUCCGGGACGAGCGGGUCAGGCUCUCCUACCUGGACGCCUUCGAGAUGGACUCGGAGCCCGGAGCGGCGGACAGGAUGGUGCGCGUGUUUUCCAUUGGCGCGACACUUCUCGAGUACGUGAAGAUCCUCCUGGGCGUCUGGGCGUUCUUUCUGGCGCUCGCCGUGGCGGCCUUCCAGGAGCUUGCGUCGGGCCUGGGGCACGUGGACUUGGUUAUCGAUCUCGCGUACGCGGCCUUCUUGAUUGUGCAGCUUCACACCACGAUCCUCCAUGUCGAGACGGGGCGCGAGUCCUGCUCUGCCAAGCGGAUCUUGCUCUACAACCUGCGAGAUCCUCGCUUCUGGAUGGACGUGGUGUCCUGCGUGCCCCUCGUGCUGCUCGAGAGCCUGUCCGCCGGCGGCCCGGGCACGGAGGGCGUAGCGCGCUGGGGGGCGCUGCUCAAGGCGCUGAGAGGCUGGAGAAUCACACGGACGCCACCAGAGCAUCGUUUCGUUCCGUCGGUCCGUUUUGUCUUGCUGCAGCUGGCUGGUGCGAUGCUCAUGGGCGGCCACCUCCUUGCGUGUGUCUGGUUCAUGCUGGUCAGGGAGGAGGAGAAGACGAUAACGCAGCACUUCCCUGAGGACUACAUGCCAGAGGGUUACACCGAGAGUGACUUUGACUUCUGGAGGCUGUACGUUCUCUCGCUGAACCAGGGCGUCUACCUGCUCCUGGGCAUCGACCGCGACGCCUAUGGCCCGCUCGAGCUCGCGUUCGUGACUCUCUGCGCCCCCGUGGGCGUGCUCGUGCAUGCAUUUGUGUUCGGGAAGGUAGUGCUCCUGAUCCAGCGGAUGGGGGCGCUUGAGACGAAGCAGAACGAGCACACGAGGUCCGUGCAGGAGGCCAUGCGGAUCCUCGGGCUGCCGGCCAACCUGCAGAUGCGGCUCGUCGCGUUCUUCACCUAUGAGCGGAUCCACCGCAGCGCCCGGCUCUUCAACGCCCUGUUCGCGGACCUGUCCCCGCAGCUGCGCUUCGAGUUGCAGCUGCACCUGUACCUGGACCUCGUGGGGAAGAGCGGCCUGUUCCGGAAGGCGCGGCCGCGGGUGAUCCGGGAGAUCAUCGUGAAGCUCGAGGACGUGAUAUUCCUGCCGGGCGACUGGAUAUGCCGCUACGGCGAUUACGGGGAUUCCAUGUAUUUCAUCAUGCGGGGGCGGUGCGCCGUCCUGGACAAGGACACCGUCACGGAGUUGAAGACUCUGGAGAGGGGCGCGUAUUUUGGCGAGGUCGCGCUCCUCACGGGAGUGCCCCGCACGGCGUACGUGCGGGCGAACUCUUUCUGCAUCAUGGCCCAGUUGACGAAGGAGCGCUUCGAGCCGAUCGUCAAGAAGUGGCCUGAGGAGAUCGACGUCCUCAUCAGCGGCGUGGAGCGGCUCGCGGACCGCGAGCAGAUCAAGAAGGAGGCCUCCAGGCACUACGGCAUCAGGCGGAUGUCGCAGAUGAGUCUCGGUGGCGGCAGCGUCUGCGACAACGCGCCUUGUGGUGGCGGAGGACGCUCUGCGCGGGCCGCGCGGCGGCUCUCCGACGUCUCGUUGUCCUCCAGCGGGUCGGCGCUGAUGGGCAGCGGGUCGGGCGUGGGCCUGAGCGCGCUGCUGGCGCAGCAGCCCCGGGGCCCCGCCCCGCACCUGCGCCGCAGCCUCUCCGACCUCGGGCCCGAGGGGGGUCCGCCACGCGCCGGAGGAGCGCCCCCGCCUCUCGGGCCCGACGCCAGCGCCGCCGCCGCGGCCGCGCAGCGGGCGGCCAGCGCGCUGCUGCCGGCGGCGCCCGCCAGUUUGCUGCCGCUGCCCCCCGCAGCGCAGGGCGCCCCGCUGCCGGAACCGGCGGCCGAGGCUGGCCCGCCGCGCCCCACGCUGCUUGCCGGCCAGGGCCCGGCCGCCCGCCUGGAGGCCGAGGGUGCGGCUCUGGGCAGGCUGAAGAAACAGCUGGCGGACGCCACGGGUCAGAUCGAGCACCUCAGGGGCGAGCUCGAGGGCCAGAGGCGGCACCUCCAGGAGGGCCUGUCGGAGCUGGGGCGGUGGACCGCGGAGGCCGUCCGGGAUGCGGUGCUGCGCGAGGUCAUGGAGGACGACCCCGACGGAGACGACAUCGAUGGGCGCAGUGGAGAUGGCGCCCGAGACGACGGCAUGGGAAUAUCAACACCAUUUACAUGA